UAGUGAAUUAGAUAGUUGCAGUAGGCAAAGUAAGGGACGGAAGACUGAGAAGCGCGUUUCAAGUUUGAAUCAAAGAAUAGAAAUGAUAGAAGGAGGUGAAAGAGAAAAUGUGAGUUUUCAGUAAAGAAUUGAAGCAAAGAAUUGAAGUGUUAAGAUCGAUAGCAGAAAAGAGGGAGAGAAAAAAAAUGACGAUGGACGACGAUAGCUCCAUAUAUGUUGGGGGUCUCCCCUACGACGCCACCGAAGAUACCAUUCGCACUGUCUUCAAUUUGUAUGGCGCCAUCCUUGACGUCAAGAUUAUUAAUGACCAACGCACUAGGGGAAAGUGCUAUUGUUUUGUUACUUUCACAAAUCCUAGGUCAGCAAUGGAUGCCAUCCACGACAUGAAUGGCAGAACCGUGGACGGGCGAGUGGUUAAAGUUAAUGGGGUGAGAACUCGUGCAGGGAGAUCAAAUUUUGGCAGAGAACGUUAUUAUUAUCAUAAUGACGAGAGGAAUGGAGACUGGGAUCGUGGUAGAGAUCGAGACCGAGACCGAUAUUAUGAUCAUGAUAAUGACAAGGAUGAAUACAGGAAUCGGGAUGGUGAUUGGUCUCAAGAGCGUGAUAGGUCUCGAGACCGCGACCGCGACAGGGAUAGAAAAUUUGAUCAAAUGCAUGAUUAUGAUCAAGGAAGAGAACCUAUGUUGGAUAAUGAUUGGAGUCGAGGGGAUGAUCGGGCAGAAAAUCAACAAGAAAACAGCAGGGCACAUGGUGGAGAUGUGGAUAGAGACCACAACUUAGAUUUGGAUACAGAUAGGAAGAUGGAUAGGACCAGUGAUCCUGAUAGAAGUUUUGAUGAGGAUAGAAAAGAGCAUUCAAGGAGAAACAUUGAUUUGAAUGUUGCAAAUCAACACAGCAUGGAUCCUUCAUCGGAAUCAGAUGGUGAUCACAAUGAUCAGGUAGACGAUCAACUAGAGAGGUCAACCCAACAGCUUGAUUUACUAAAAAAGGAGGUUUCUCAGAUAGAAGAGAGAUUGGAAGAGAAAAGACUUCUUGUUAUGGAGUUACAAAAGCAGUCUAGGAAACUGGAGGAUUCACUGAUCAAUGUGAAGAAACACACUUCAAAUCGUCAGAUGCAGUUGACCAAGCUGCAUAAAUGUUUUGCGCAAGUGAAAGAUUGCAUGGAAAGUCUUAAAACCAGUGAAAGAGAACUUCAGGCUCUAGUUGAUACAGCAAUGUUAGAUAGUGAUGGUGAUGGUGUUGGCUUAAAGGAUGGACAACUCACAAAUGGAAGUCUUGAUGGUAGAUAGAAAUCUUUCUUUUGAGGUUUUCAGAUUGUGUCAAUGAUGCUCAAGGUGGGUUUAGCACAUAAUUUUUGCUGGGAAAUUUGGUUAGUGUAACUUUUGCUGUUUAAAUUUUCACUGGAUUAUACACGCUGUGGAUGGUACUACUAAAAUUCCACUCGACUGAUAGGUUGGUAAGCGCACUUGCUACUAGCUAGAUGUUUCUUGUCAUCUGUGCUUGACUGGUUGGUCAGAGCAGAUUUGGGGGCUCUAUUUUUUACUCUUGUUGCAUGGCACGGAUUAUAGAGUAUAGAGUGCCAUGUAUUUUCGUGGUACAAUGGCGAUAAUAAAAUUGAACAUGCAAAUUAUCCGAGUU